UAGGGUUAAAUAGAACGUUCUAAGAAGAGGCAGCCGAAGGAAAAAAUAAAAAAUAAAAAGAAAAAGAAAAAUGGAAAAACGAAAACUCUAAAGAAAUAAUUUUUAUCUAUAUAUAUACACACGCAGGUGUAUCCGCAUAUAGGAUUUCUAGAGAGAGAAACAAGAAAGGAAGACAGAGAGAGAGAGAACACUCGGAUCAUAUCCUAGCCGUUAAUCUUCUCGUUUUGCCGUUGUUUCGGCCGUCGGAUUGUUCGAAUUCGUCCAACGUUCAUCUCAACGGCGGAAGAAAAGGCAGGACUGUAUUCAGAUCUGAACUUCCGAUUCUGAUUUGAGGCUUAAUUGGAAUCAUCACAUCAAAUGGCUCUCUUGAUGUACUGAUUGCAUACAUCUUCUUCUCCCUCUACUUGGAUCUUCUAGUAUAUCAGUGUUGUGAUUCAUUAGUUUUUCUAGUUUAGAAAUUCAGAUCUUCGAUUUUUCGAUUGAUGAUCGUUGUCGAUACAUAUAUAUUUCCAGUUCAUUCACAUUCCGCUUCUAAGUUUGGCGUUGAACUGAGAGUGAGGGUAAAUCUCUCUCCGGUCGCCAUCUUGGUUGCCGGCUGUGAGAAGAACCACCUCUGGUCAUUUCCUUCCUUUCAUGUCUCGUAACUUGGAUAGCCCUGUUCAGACACAGAUGGCUGUAGCAGCUUUCAAGAGCCCGAUUGGAAGUGGCGAGUACCAUGGAACGAACAGACUCGAAGGGAAAGCGAGCUGCAGGAGACGCGUUUUUGUACAAACCGAAACGGGCUGUGUUUUGGGUAUGGAGUUGGAUAGGAGUGACAAUGCACACACUGUGAAGAGGAGGCUGCAGAUUGCCCUCAAUUUCCCAAUUGAGGAGAGUUCUUUGACGUUUGGAGAUAUGAUUCUCAAGAACGAUCUCAGUGUCAUUCGAAAUGAUUUUCCUCUUCUUUUGACAAGGAAUCUGAUGCACAGAAGUUCGUCAACUCCAUGUUUGUCGCCCACUGGCAGGGACAUCCAACAGAAAGACCACAGCGGGCCUAUCGAGCUAUUGGGCCACUCGAAUCGCUUUGCCAAGGCGAAACAGCUUGUGAAGGAAAUUUCGAAAGCAAUAAAGAAUGGAGUCGAUCCAAUCCCUGUUCAUGGCGGGCUUGGGGGAGCGUAUUAUUUCAGAAACGUCAGAGGUGAGAGUGUUGCCAUUGUGAAGCCGACCGAUGAAGAACCGUUUGCACCGAACAAUCCAAAGGGAUUUGUUGGUAAAGCUCUCGGGCAACCAGGCUUGAAAUGCUCUGUAAGGGUCGGCGAAACAGGAUACAGAGAAGUCGCUGCCUAUCUUCUUGAUUACGAUCAUUUUGCAAACGUGCCACCUACUGCGCUGGUCAAGAUCACUCACUCUAUCUUCAAUGUCAACGAUGGUGUGAAGGCAAACAAGCCACAGAACAAGAAGCUGGUCAGCAAGAUUGCAUCCAUGCAGCAGUACAUUCCGCACGAUUUUGAUGCGAGCGACCAUGGAACCUCGAGUUUCCCUGUUUCUGCAGUGCACCGAAUCGGGAUUUUAGAUAUUAGGAUCUUUAACACAGAUAGACAUGCGGGUAACCUCUUAGUUAGGAAGCUUGACGAUGUAGGAAGAUUUGGUCAAGUAGAACUGAUCCCAAUUGACCACGGCCUCUGCUUGCCCGAGAGUUUGGAGGAUCCAUAUUUCGAAUGGAUUCAUUGGCCACAGUCUUCAAUCCCUUUCUCGGAAGACGAACUCGAGUAUAUAAAGAAUCUCGACCCGGUUCGUGACUCGGCUAUGCUGCGAAGCGAGCUCCCUAUGAUUAGAGAGGCUUGUCUGCGCGUGUUGUUGCUCUGCACAAUCUUCCUUAAAGAAGCUGCUGCGUAUGGGCUGUGUCUUGCAGAAAUCGGAGAAAUGAUGAGCAGGGAGUUCCGUAGUGGAGAGGAGGAGCCAAGCGAACUCGAGGCUAUAUGUAUAGAGGCAAGAAAGCUUAUUAUUGCCGAGGAAGUAUUGUUGUCUCCCAAGGCGGAAUCUGAUUUCGACGAAUUCCAAUUCGACAUAGAUUACGAAGAUUUAAUGCCGAUCCAAUUCGGAAGCGGGAGUGUGAAUGGCCGAAUCCCGCUUUCGAAAUUGGACGAGUGUAGUGACGAGGAAGAGGAGGAGAGUGAAGGAGAAGAGAAAGCUGGGUGGGGUGGCGGCGGCGGUGUUUUGAAUCUAGCAAAUGAAAAACGCGUUUCGAAGCUGUCCAUGUCGUUGAAGAGCACUAGCUUGGGCAAGAAGAUUUCGAAUCAGAAAUUCGAUGGAGCCAAACGGGACCUUAUUGGAUCAUCGUCGUCCGGACACAGGAGUGCGAGUGAGCAGCUCUCGACAAGUGUGGGCUUCGUGAAGUUGGCGGAUAUGAACGAGGUGGAGUGGGCGAUGUUUUUGGAGAAGUUUGAGGAGCUACUUUUUCCGGCGAUUGCUAAACGGAAGUCGAUUACUCUUGGGCAGUGGCAGAGGCAGAGGCUCGGGACUUCUUGCCAGUUUUGAUUGAGGUAAUGGAGAAAAUAAGACCUAGGGUUCUUGACUGAGAGUCAAAAUAGGUAAGAUUUGCUUUAUGCAGUUUGAUAUAUUUGUAAAUAUUCUUUGUAAGGCAGCAGAAGUUGGAACGGCUGACUGACUUUUAAUUUCUUUGUAAAUUUUUUUAGUCUUCUUUUUUUGUUAAGACUUCACUUUUUU